GUGUGCGGCAAUCGAUCGACUCAACUCGGGACAAUAACGCAUUAUCCAAACUUAUUCCACAAAUUCAACGUUUACUCAGAGUCUUACUAAAUUGAUUUUAUUUUCAAAAUGAAUUUAACAAGCUUGAAUAACACGACAACUCGUGAGGAGUUUGAAGACCUGAAAAAUAAUGUUGACGAUUUGUUUUUAAUUCUCAACGGAGUGAUUGUUUCUAUAAUUCAAGUCGGACUAGCGUGUCUAGAAGCUGGAUGCAUACAACCUAAGAACGUGACCAACAUUUUAUUAAAAAAUGUUUUGGAUCUGUUUUUCUGUUCGAUUUCCUACUGGUUGGUCGGAUUUGGUUUAGCCUACGGAAAUGGAAAUCCCUAUUACGGCGUUGAAUAUUUUGCUGGCGUAGGACUGCCUGAAAAGCAGAUGGCCUUCUGGUUUUUCCAAUUUAUUUUUGCAGCAACCGCAGCAACCAUCAUAUCUGGAGCCGUAGCCGAACGAUGCAAUUUUAUAGCUUACAUAUUUUAUAGUACAAUAAUAUCAGGUGUGACUUAUCCAAUUGUCGCGCACUGGGUAUGGUCUCCAAACGGCUGGCUAAACAAUCUGGGUUAUUACGAUUUUUCCGGUGCAGGAGCCGUCCAUAUGCUGGCUGGAACUUGCUCGUUUAUCGCCGCAUUGUUCCUAGGACCUAGGAUAGGACGGUUCGAUUACUUAAACGAAAAAGAAUUCAAGGGACAUUCAAUGCCGCUAGUGGCCAUCGGUACCUUGUUGAUCAUCACAGGUUUCUUGUCGUUUAACGGAGGUUCCCAGGGCCACAUUACCCAACCGGGUGACGGUAUUAAAGUGGCCAAAAGUAUCCGCAACACGAUCGUAGGCGGAAGCGGAGGAGCCGUAUGCAUCAUCAUAUUUGCUAAAGCUGGCUUACUCGGCAAAUCUAGAUGGCCGUUCUUGAUGUCUAUCAACGCCAUUCUUAUUGGAAUGGUGUCGGUUUGCGGUGCAGUAAGUGAUUACACGUACAUCUCGUCGUUCGUCAUCGGAGUCAUAGGUUGUCUGGUCUAUAUAGUGCUACAAUUCUUAGUACCCCUCCUCCAUGUUGACGAUCCGCUCGAGGCGACUGCCGUGCAUUUCGGAGGAGGUCUGUGGGGAGUAAUAGCUGUACCAUUCUUUAUUGAAGGAGGCAUUUUCGAAAACAUUAGUCAACUUAAAUAUAAUUUGAUUGGGGCGUGUGCAAUAAUACUAUGGUCUUUGCUUAAUAGCAUUACUUUAUUUGGAUUCCUGAAAGUGUUUGAUUUGCUAAGAGUGUCCAAAGAAAAAGAACUUAACGGUUUGGACAUAAGUCUCCACAAAGAAGUAGCGUAUCCAGUAUCUACAUUGCAUGUCUGCGAAGAAAACUACAAGAACAAUAUUAGCUUUACAAAACAUGGACUGGAUAAUCUCGCGUUGGAUACACGAUAGAAAACGUAGGAUUUUGUUUUGGCUGUAAUUAUUUUAUUUAUGAUACAACUUUGACUUGUGAAAAUGUUAAAUGCUAUGUAUGAUUAAGUGGCGUUUUAUGUUAUUAAGUCGCAUUAAGUGGCGCACAGCUUGUAGGCCCGAUAAAACUCACGAACUUAUUUAGUGUUCAGAAUUUUCAGAAAUACAAUAUCACGAAUUUGUCCGGUUUUGAAUAGAACUUUACACUUAAGUCUAAUUGAGAUUAUGAUAAAAAUACAGACGCAUUAACAUUUUGAAUCGUCGACUUUUGAAUGUUAUCAUUUUUAACUAGGUAUUGUAACUAUAAUAUUAUAGGAUGUCUUUUUUCGAAAUUGAAUUGAAGACAGUGUCAUUAUGACAGUAAUGUUGUUAGUUCAUUUUCAAAAAAAAUAUAUUUUAAGUAUAUAAUGUAUUAUUACGUUUUGUAAAAAAUAUUUAGGAGUUUUAAGACUAACAGUAUAAUUAUUUUAUCAAUGUAAAAAUAGGCUAUUUUUUAUUUCGUUUUUAAGUACGACCAAUGAUUGUUGAAACAAAAUAGCCAAUCUUUUUACUAACUUUAAUGUAUUUUAAUGUUGUAUUGACUCAUUAAUUUGUAAUUAUACAUAUCAUAUGUAAAAUGUAGGUUACGAAUACCUACAUAAUAUGGUGAAAUAAGUAUAGUCAAUAAUGUUCAUUUACAUAAACCUAGUUUGUAUUUAACUUAACUUUGACAUUUCAACAACGUUAAAAACUUCAACAUUGUGUUUAAAAUGUAUCAAUGGAGUUCUUAUAAAAUACUUUUGUGUCGUUCUAAUUUGCUUUUUAGUUUGUUCGUUCUGAACUUUUAUAUGAUUUUUUCCGCGAUUUUAUUUCACAACCCCUUAGUCCUUUACAGAAUCUUUUAAUUGUUUUUUUCGGUGAACGCUCCAUAUCUUCGUCACUCGAACAUUUGGUCUCCAUUUUGUUAUAGUUUUCCCGUUCCGUUAAUUUCUCGUUUUCAAAUGUGUAGCCUUGGGAAAUGUUAAUGUUACAGUCAUUUUUCUGACGUAAAUAGGAACUAUUGUGAUAAAAUUAAGUAUUAUUUAAGCAUAUAACGAUACUUUUCAAUUUUUCGUCGUUUUCGUUGCCAUCCUGUAAUAAAUAAUACAAUUAAUUCCUCUAAAAUGUGUUAUGUAGCACUAGUAAAUUGUUUACUAAGAAUAAUACACUAUUGAGAGGACACCACACGUUUUGUUUGUUGUAGUUGAAGAAAAGCUUUGUAAUAUUGAAUUUAUAUUAAUAUAAUAUAGAAAACAAUAUCGUGCACCGUAUGUCGUGGGUUUUUUAUUUCUCUCAUAGGUUUACUUUAAAUAAUAUUUUUUUUUAAAUAGUAUGUGUUUUUUACUAUUCUUCUUCAAUACAAAAUUAUUUAAAAUAAUCCCUGUUGUACGUCAUAUAACACUAAUUUUUAGUAAAGAUUUAAGACAAAAAUCGCUAUACAGGCAAAAUAUGAGAGGGAAAUAGCUGAUCAAUAAAAAUAAAGACUAACAUUGAAAAACCCUUUAUGCUGGGUUAUUUUAUCUAAUGGUAAGUAAAGCUAUUUUAACAAUGUGUAAUUUUUGUAUACAUAUUUUUUCCAUUCUUAUUUUAGUUUGUAUAUAUUAUCGUUAAUCUAUGUAACUGUUGAGCGGUUAGAUUUAUAAUAAAGGCUAUUAAAAUUUUUUAAAAAAAAAAAAAACAUUAAAAAACGUUGGAAACUGACGCUAAUAAAUAGCCUAAUUAAAAAAUGAAAGACUCAUUAUUAGUGUGCUAACAAAAGUACUACAUUUUAUUUUUAAAUUAAGAUUUUGACAAAAUGUAUUUAUACCGAAUCCAUUUGGCAGGUGUUCUCUUAAAUUAGAAUAACUGAUAUGCUAAAUAAUGAAAUUCCAAAAUUCAGUUGAUAAAAUAUAAAAAUAAAUGUAUACAGAUGACACUUACUGGUUCAUUAUCAUCAACUGAUUUCCUAGUUGAUGAACCAGCACUGUCAGCUACAUAUUGCGUUCUGACGUUACUUUUUUGAAUUUGAUCUGCGUCAUCAUUCGUUCGAUAACGAUAAGUACCUGUAAUGUAAAUUCAUUAUGAAGUCAGUGCGUUUUGUGAUUAAAUUAUGAUUGUGUAAUAUUGAAGGAUAGUCAAUAACUAAGCUUGGGGUAAAAAAAUUAAUUUGGUUGAUAGCAAUAAACUGUAUCGGGGACUACAUGGCAAGUGUUAGAAACAACAUAUUAUUUCUUGAAUAAGUAACUGAAAAGUAAAAAAACUGAGCAUAUGUUUACCGGAUUCUCUGGUUGCUUUCUCACCGACAUACUCCUAUUAUAAUAGAAUAAAAGAUGUAUUAAAAAUAUAAUUAAUUAAAAACGGAUUUAUAGAUCACCAAAGAUUGUUGUUUAAUGGUUUUCAUCAAUUCAUUGUAUUCUGCUUGUGUGUAAUUACAUCUUCUUGGGUUCAUUAAAAUGAAAUAUAUACUAAUUGUAUAGUGGAAAUUCGGUUAA